AUGUCUCCUGAAAUAGAAACUGAAAUGUCUCCUGAAAUAGAAACUGAAAUGUCUCCUGAAAAAGAAACUGAAAUGUCUCCUGAAAAAGAAACUGAAAUGUCUCCUGAAAUAGAAACUGAAAUGUCUCCUGAAAAAGAAACUGAAAUGUCUCCUGAAAUAGAAACUGAAAUGUCUCCUGAAAUAGAAACUGAAAUGUCUAAUGAAAAAGAAACUGCAAUGUCUCCUGAAAAAGAAAAAACUGAAAUGUCUCCUGAAAUAAAAACUGAAAUGUCUCCUGAAAAAGAAAGUGAAAUGUCUCCUGAAAUAGAAACUGAAAUGUCUCCUAAAAAAGAAAGUGAAAUGUCUCCUGAAAUAGAAAGUGAAAUGUCUCCUGAAAUAGAACGUGAAAUGUCUCCUGAAAAAGAAACUGAAAUGUCUCCUGAAAAAGAAAGUGAAAUGUCUCCUGAAAUAGAAACUGAAAUGUCUCCUGAAAUAGAAACUGAAAUGUCUAAUGAAAAAGAAACUGAAAUGUCUCCUGAAAAAGAAAAAAGUGAAAUGUCUCAUGAAAAAGAAACUGAAAUAUCUCCUGAAAUAGAAAGUGAAAUGUCUCCUAAAAAAGAAAGUGAAAUGUCCCCUGAAAUAGAAACUGAAAUGUCUCCUAAAAAAGAAAGUGAAAUGUCUCCUGAAAUAGAAAGUGAAAUGUCUCCUGAAAUAGAAAGUGAAAUGUCUCCUGAAAUAGAAAAAGAAAUGUCUCCUGAAAAAGAAAGUGAAAUGUCUCCUGAAAUAGAAUGUGAAAUGUCUCCUGAAAAAGAAAGUGAAAUGUCUCCUGAAAAAGAAAGUGAAAUGUCUCCUGAAAUAGAAACUGAAAUGUCUCCUAAAAUAGAAAUUGAAAUGUCUCCUGAAAUAGAAACUGAAAUGUCUCCUGAAAUAGAAAUUGAAAUGUCUCCUGAAAUAGAAAUUGAAAUGUCUCCUGAAAAAGAAAGUAAAAUGUCUCCUGAAAUAGAAACUGAAAUGUAUCCUGAAUAA